GCGGCGGGACUGAGUGAGGAGCCCCCGGGCGGCGAUCCCGCCUGCCCGAAGCGGCCCUGCGGGUCCAGCCGCCCCGGGAGCCGCCAUGGAGAGCAGGUGCUACGGCUGCGCUGUCAAGUUCACCCUCUUCAAGAAGGAGUAUGGCUGUAAGAAUUGUGGCAGGGCCUUCUGUUCCGGCUGCCUGAGCUUCAGUGCAGUGGUGCCUCGGGCUGGCAACACCCAACAGAAAGUCUGCAAGCAGUGCCACGGGGUCCUGACCAGAGGGUCUUCUACCAAUGCUUCCAAGUGGUCACCACCUCAGAACUAUAAGAAGCGUGUGGCAGCCUUGGAAAUCAAGCAGAAGUCUAGGACUUCCUGGAGCCAAGGACUGACUCCAGAAGACCAAGUCAUUGCUGAGCGCCUAGCACGGCUCCACCAGGAGAACAAGCCCAAGGCAGUACCCUCACAGGCAGAGAUAGAAGCACGGCUGGCUGCACUGAAGAAUGAACUUCAGGGAUCCACUCCUUCCAUCCAGGAGAUAGAGACUCGACUUGCUGCACUGCAGGGCAGAGUUCCACCUUCUCAGGCCCCCCAGCCGACACGCUGGACAGCAGAUACCAGGACCAUGGCUGAGCAGACGCAGGAUCUGCUAACACAGCUGGCGGCUGAGGGGGCUAUCGAUGAGAGCUUGGAACAAGGGCGCACAGCUGCCUCCCUCCAGAAUGACCUCAACCAGGGUGGUGCUGGGAACCCAUGUACUAAUUCCCAGGGGCAGGCCAGCCAGUCCCUGGAGGAGGAGAAGAGCAGGCUGCUGGCCCAGGCUGCGGUGGAGCUACGGGAGGAGAACACCAGGCAGGAGCGUAUCCUGGCCCUGGCCAAGCGGCUAGCUGUGCUGCGGGGACAAGACCCUGACAAAGUGACCCUGCAGGACUAUCGCCUUCCAGACAGUGACGAGGAGGAGGAUGAGGAGACUGCUAUCCGGAGAGUCAUGCAGCAGCUCUCUGAAGAAGCUGCCCUGGAUGAGGCAAGUGGUUACAACAUCCCUGAGGAGCGUGCUCCCUGCUCCCAACCCAGACCCUUCUUGGCAAAGUCUGAGCUCCCGAAGGCCCAGGCUGUGGCUCCCAGGCCUGAGUGUGAGGAGGAGGAGCUGCCCUGGUGCUGCAUCUGCAAUGAGGAUGCUACACUGCGUUGCGCUGGCUGCGACGGAGACCUCUACUGUGCCCGCUGCUUCCGGCAGGGCCAUGAUGCCUUUGAGCUUAAAGAGCACCAAGUGUCAGCCUACCACCCAGCGCGAAACAGCCAUGAGCACUGAGGGAAACCUGGCCCUCCAGGGAAGGCAGGGAUACCGGCGGCCUGCAGGCCGGGCUCUUACCUCCGGAGCCAAUCUCAGCAACCAGGGGCAGCGGACCAGGCACACCACAGCCUGAACCUCAGUGUCCCUUUGGAGAGGAUGCCUGGAGAAGUCAGAGGGAAAGAGAAGCAGAGGAGGUCCUUCUCCAAGAAGCCUAGAAUGAAAGUGAGAGCUAGGAUGGGGAAGACAGCACUGGAGUUUGAACUCAGGAGCUUAUGCUUGCUAAUCAGGUGCUCUACCGCUUGAGCCAGGUCCCCAGACCAGAAAGAACCUAAGGCUCCUUAGGAGGAAGCUCUUCCUCCUGAGGAGGAGCCGGCAGCCUGACUCAAGGUCCAGGGCCCUACCCUGACAUGUUAUGGAUCUAAUAAAGUCUGUUGAUUCAUUGA